AUGGGUGGAGAAAAAUACCUAAUACAAUCAAAAACCAAACGAUACGCGUGUCCACUGUUUAUGUUCCUGUUAGGUGCAGUGAUUGUAUUCGUUCCAUGUAUCAUCGUCAUUGUACAAAAUAAGAAAACUUGUCCCAGUCCGAGUCCAUCACCUGUGCCGCCAGUAUGGAAUGCAAGUGACUAUCAAUCCAAUAGCGAGUAUUAUGCAAAUGUGCCUAUUCACGAUUUCAAACAAGAGGAUAAUCUUCGACUCGAUCGCCUGGCAUCACCAAAAUUUCAUCCAGUUGAUGGUUCUAGUGUUAUCUAUCUUAGAACACAAUAUCAUAUGCCCGAUCUAAACGGAUCAACUACAACGUUACAUUGGUUAAAUUUGAAAAAGAUCGAUGAAAAAACGUUUGUACAACUAACAAGACCAAUCUGGGGAAUUCGUGAUCAGCAAUUCUAUUGGGUAAAUGAUCGAACGAUUCUCUUUCUGUCUAAUCGAGCAACCUCAGGUCUUACACAAAUUUUUCAAUUGAAUUUACCCGCCGAUAUGACAAAGGUGACGAGCUUCAUCGAACCUAUUCAAAUUACUGAUUAUCCGUUGAACAUCGAUAAUUUACUUGUCAAUCGAGCAGGAUCGCGUCUUGCAUUCAGCUGUCAAGUCUUUGCCAAUCUAUCAAUUGAAGAGACAGUUGCACGACAAAAGAUGGAAGAAACAAGUGGGCAACUGAUGUAUCAGUUUGACAAGCUCUUUAUUCGACAUUGGGACGAAUAUAUGACUGGUCCACGUCAUCAUCCUUUCGUUGUUUCAAUCGAACACGAUUCAAAAGGAACAUUCAAAUUCACUUCCACACCUGUCGAUGUUCUCUUAGGUAUAGACAGUGAUUCACCUACUCGCCCUUUUGGUGAUGCUCAAUCUCAGUGGUCAUUCAGUGCUAGUGGAAACUCGUUUGCUUUCACUCGACAACAUGAUGAAUCAAGUGAAGUAGCCUGGACAACAAAUUUGGACAUAUACACAGUUGAUCUAAGUGCAACUAAAUUAUCAGUCGAGUGCAUUACGUGUAGUAAUUUAGCAGCAGAUACGGAUCCAAAAUAUUCGCCUAUUGAAGAUCAUGUGUUAGUAUAUAGGUCUCAGGCAGUGCCAGGCUAUGAAUCAGAUCAAUUCAAAGUGAAAUUGCAUAAUGGCGUACAGACAAUAACAUUACUUGAUAGUUGGGAUCGAAGCAUUGAUACAACAAUAUGGUCCAAUGAUGGUGAAUCGCUUUUUCUUGUGCUUGGCGAGCGUGCCAACCAUAAUAUUUAUCGUUUGUAUGAUGUUCAUAGUUCUAAUUCGACAGACAUUCGUCCUGUAGCUAUUGCUAUGGGUUCGUGGCAUGAUAUCAAUGUUCAUCCAACUGAUAACCAAACCUUGCUUCUAACACAUGACAAUUUUGUUCAGCCUGCAAAUAUUAUUAUGAUUGACAGCUCAGAAAUUGUGACCAAUACGACGUCUCUUACAUCACACAAUGAAAUAUUACUUUCUAAGACACGACUCUCUUAUAUUUACGAAUCGUUCUCAUUCGAAGGUGCACGAGAUGAGAUUGUUGAAGGAUGGCAUUUAGCUCCAGUGAGCGGCACAACUGAAAAAGCGCCGCUAGCAUUUCUCAUUCACGGUGGCCCACAAAAUAGUUGGUACAAUAAUUGGGGUCGUGGAUGGAGUUUUCAGGCGUAUGCUGCACAAGGCUAUGCUGUCAUAGCAAUUAAUUUUCAUGGUUCUGAUUCAUACGGUCAGAAUUUUACUGACAGCAUCACUGGAGAAUAUGGUACAUUACCAUACGAAGAUUUGAAGCUAGGGCUUACGGCUGCUCUCAACAACUAUACGUAUAUCGACGAAAAUCGAGUCGUAGCACUGGGUGCCAGUUAUGGUGGUUAUAUGAUCAAUUGGAUUGCUGGACAUCCGGAAAUGAGUCAACGCUUUCGAGCAUUGGUUUGUCAUGACGGUUUGUUUGAUAUGCGGGGUAUGGCGUAUUCUACCGAAGAGUUAUGGUUCUCCGAACACGAUGCUGGUGGUUUUACUCCUUACGAUAAUCCAGAAGCCUUCGAAAUGUUCAAUCCAGUCAAUCAUGUUGUUAAUUGGACACAGCCAAUGUUAAUUAUUCAUGGUGGUCGAGAUUAUCGGGUUCCCGAUGCCCAGGGAAUCAGUGCAUUUACAGCUCUACAACGUCGAAAUAUUACAAGUCGACUGCUUUUCUUUCCCAAGGAAAACCAUUGGGUUUUGAAUCUAAUGAAUUUACUAGCUUGGUACCGUGAAGUAUUUGAUUGGAUGCGCCGAUGGACACAAUAA